AUGAGUGAGAUGAUUAGAACAAUGAUAUUAAUGUAUUUAUUAAUGAUCUCCAGUGUAAGAAUGAAUGGAUAUUGGCGUUCUACGAGAGAGAUAAAGGUAGAUUGUCAGCCAGGCUGGGAAGUAAAAGAUGAUAAUUGUUAUAAAUAUUUCUCCGACCCUGUCCCCUGGGACCAAGCUAAAGCCACUUGUCAGGCAUAUGGAGGUAUGAUUGUUGCUGUAAAGAACUAUUAUCAGAAUGAAUAUGUAGGAAAUAUGGUGGAAUCGAAGGGAGGAAAGAGAUUCUGGAUAGAUGAUUUAUCACAUGUUAGAAGGUGUUAG